GCUGCAGACGUCUUAUGCGUACAUUUGAUUAUAAGAAGUGAGCUGAAGCAUAAGUCCCAACCGGAUUUACUGGAGUUCGUGUGCUGUCCUAAAACCACACUUUACUUCUUCACUUGUAGAUUUUCUUAUUAGUCUUUUUCUCCGGACUUUACGAAGACCAGAAGUUGUACCGGCGAUGUCUUUCGUUAGAGAUUUCUACCACGUGGAGAUAGACAGGAUUGGGCAAGGAAAGAGGGUUCUAAAGCCACCGGGUGGAGCCAAUAGUAAUAUUUUCAAUACUUCUAACGAUAACGACCAACACUAUUCUCUAAGUCCUCGUAGGGUCAAGAACCACAUGCAAUCUAGCAUAUUUAGCCAAGAUGACGACAUCACUAAUACGCCCUUAUCACAACAGAGGAGACAGAAUCAAGAUAGUGACAGUCAGAACAGACUUUUUGGACCCCCAGAAGAAAAUAGCUCACCAAGGAAGGUCAUUGAUCGGUUAAAGUCAAAUAUAUUUUCUGAUAAUGAACCAAUUACUCAGUCUCCGAAUUCUAGAAAAUAUGGUCCAACUCGUCGUAACCCACUUACCGGAGAAGAAGAAACGGAAGAUGAUGUUAAGGCCAAUGGGCAAAACAAUGAAAUUGGAGUAGAUUCAGAAAAUCGGUAUUCUGAUAUGAAAUCAGCGACGCCCGAGAAAUUGAAAGCACGAACUAAAAUCCCACCAGGUGGAGUUUCAUCCGGAAUAUUUUAGUCACUUAGAGAGCGAACCGGGUUUGAAUCUAUUUAAGGCAUAUUUCCGAGUAUAUGAUUUUGAAAUAUAGAUUGAGAUUUAAGUUUAAUAGUUUGAGAAUUAAGCAUUUAAAUUUCACUGCGUACUUUUAUUCAGGAUUUUACAGUUUAAUUAAAAUUUGUGAUUAAUAGCACUAGCACCCAACUAUUACGUUCAUUACAGAAAGCCACUAUAUUUUAUUCUCUGGCGGAAAGAGAAUGAAGCUCUAUAACAUUCUUUUCAUCCAUAGAGAUUGGAAAAAAAUGUUCUCUAUAAUAUGUGCACGAAGUUUAAUAUAUUAAGUUAAUUAUACCAAAGGUUUGGGAAUUAGACGUUUGACAUUUCAGAAUAUGAUUUUAGUGUCUCAUACUUUAUGUAUCUUUUUUUUUUCGUACUUUUUAUCAGUUUUAGAGAGUUGUAUUAUAUUAACCGUCAAUAUGUUUUAUAAACAUUGUGUUAGAGCACUUUUAGGUUUUGUUGUCUCUUUAAAAACUGUGGGUUGCCCGACUUUUCGAAAUAAAAUAUUUUCAAAAUGAAAA